AUGGGGUCACUCCGCAGAUUAAUAACUCGCUUGUCGCGAGAAAGAGAAUAUUCUGACAUGUAUCGUGCAUUCAUGGCAGAAUACAUUCAACUAGGACACAUGGUACGAGUACCAGUCAACGAAUUGCCCGCAAACGCUUACUUCUUGCCUCACCAUGGGGUAUUGAAGCUUGAUAGUGCCACUACGAAGCUCAGGAUAGUGUUCAAUGGUUCCUGUGCAACAUCUACAGGAAUUUCAUUGAACGACAUUCUCCACGCAGGACCCAAAACGCAAAUUGACAUUUUUGAUGUGAUGUUGAGAAUCCGUUGCAGCAGGAUUCUAUUCGCUACUGACAUCACCAAGAUGUUCAGGCAGAUUGAGGUCGACUCGCUUGAUUGGCCGCUUCAGUGCAUUCUCUGGAUAGAUGAGAAUGAUUUACUAGACGCUUACUGUCUCAAGACAGUCACAUACGGAACCGCUAGUGCAUCUUUUGACGCAGUACGUGUGCUUAUCCAACUAGUAAAGGAUGAAGGACACCGCUUUCCGCUAGCUGUUGCUCCAAUGUUGAAAACACGCUACGUAGAUGACAUCUACGGUGGAGCAGACAACGAAGAAGACGCUAUCAAGGCUGCAGUACAAACAAAAGCUUUGUGUGCAGCAGGCUGCUUCCCGCUUGCCAAAUGGGCUAGCAAUAGCCCACGGUUACUCGCUAAAGUCGCUCUAGAAAAGCAGUUGGAUACACCGCUUAAAGAAAUCAGUGAUACACCAGUAAAAGUCCUGGGCAUGUACUGGAAUUCACGCACUGACGCUCUCCAGUUCAAGUACACGCUACCGCCAGAGACGCCCAAGACAAAAAGAGCUAUUUUGUCUGAAAUCGCUAAGCUGUAUGACCCGCUAGGACUUCUCGCACCAAUAGUCGUCAAAGCCAAGAUCUUCAUGCAAGAUCUGUGGCUAGAUAGAAUGUCAUGGGACGAACAAUUGUCACCAUCACUCAUUUACAAAUGGACUGGAUACCGCGAGGAUCUUCGAAACAUCGAAUCCAUCCGCAUUCCACGCUGGAAUAAUAUAGCACCUGGAGCAACUAUGGAAUUGCACGGGUUCUCAGACGCUUCGCAAAACGCUAUGGCUGCCGCUGUUUAUUUGAGAGUCACUGACGCUGAUGGGAACACAAAGGUCUCACUUCUGUGUUCAAAAACGCAAGUAGCACCGCUGAAGACCAUGACAAUCCCACGCUUGGAAUUAUCUGCCGCAUGGUUGCUAACAGAACUGAUACUUCAUGUCAAAGAAGUUCAGUCGCUUGAAAAUGUCAGGAUCAAUCUCUGGACUGACUCUCGCAUUGAUUAA